AUGGCUUCUAAAUUUCUUGGAGCCAAGGCUGCCGCAGCAUUGGACAAAGAACUGAUGAGCACUGGGGCAUUCUCGAUUGACCAACUCAUGGAAUUGGCUGGAUUGUCCGUCUCACAAGCCGUCUACCGGGUUCAGCCUCCCAGCAGUGGCCGCCGAAUCUUGGUUGCAUGUGGUCCCGGAAAUAACGGAGGUGAUGGACUGGUUGCUGCUCGACACCUUCGCCACUACGGCUACCAACCAACCAUCUAUUAUCCCAAGCGGAGCAAGAAUGACCUUUACCAGCGUCUGGCUAAACAGUUGGAGGACCUAGAGAUUCCUUUCACCGAGGACUUCCCAACGGCAAUCAAGUCCACGGACCAUAUAGUUGAUGCAAUCUUCGGUUUCAGCUUCUCGGGCGAGGUUCGCGAGCCAUUUCCCGCGGUCAUCGAGGCAAUGGAGCAGACACAACUUCCGGUGACUUCGGUUGAUGCUCCAUCGUCUUGGAACAUUGAGGAUGGACCCCCUAAAUCCGGCCUGGGCAGCACGUUCCAUCCUACAGCCCUGAUCAGCUUGACAGCGCCCAAACCACUCGUGAAAUAUUUCAAGGGCCGGCAUUUUAUUGGCGGGAGAUUCGUUGCGCCGGAUAUUGCGAAAAAGUACGAUUUCGAAGUGCCAGAAUACGACGGCAUCGAUCAAGUCGUUGAAGUCGGCGCUCAGGGGCAGAAGUUGUAA